UGUUGUUUUUAUUUUGUUUCAGGCAGUGGAGCUACUGCUGUGGUUCAGGCUGCUCUCUGCAAACCCAGGCAAGAACGUGUAGCAAUAAAGCGGAUCAACCUGGAAAAAUGCCAGACCAGUAUGGAUGAACUAUUAAAAGAAAUUCAAGCCAUGAGUCAAUGCAGCCAUCCCAACGUAGUGACCUAUUAUACCUCUUUUGUGGUAAAAGAUGAACUUUGGCUGGUCAUGAAGUUACUAAGUGGAGGUUCAAUGUUGGAUAUCAUAAAAUACAUUGUCAACCGAGGAGAACACAAGAACGGAGUUCUGGAAGAGGCAAUAAUAGCAACAAUUCUUAAAGAGGUUUUGGAAGGCUUAGACUAUCUACACAGAAAUGGUCAGAUUCACAGGGAUCUGAAAGCUGGUAAUAUCCUUCUGGGUGAGGAUGGUUCGGUACAAAUAGCAGAUUUUGGGGUGAGUGCAUUCUUAGCAACAGGGGGUGAUGUUACUCGGAAUAAAGUAAGAAAAACAUUUGUUGGCACCCCGUGUUGGAUGGCCCCUGAAGUCAUGGAACAGGUGAGAGGCUAUGACUUCAAGGCUGACAUGUGGAGUUUUGGAAUAACUGCCAUUGAAUUGGCAACAGGAGCAGCGCCUUAUCACAAGUAUCCGCCUAUGAAAGUGUUAAUGUUGACUUUGCAAAAUGAUCCACCCACUUUGGAAACAGGAGUUGAGGAUAAGGAAAUGAUGAAAAAGUACGGCAAGUCCUUUAGAAAAUUACUUUCACUGUGUCUUCAGAAAGAUCCUUCCAAAAGGCCCACAGCAGCAGAACUUUUAAAAUGCAAAUUCUUCCAGAAAGCCAAGAACAGAGAGUAUCUGAUUGAGAAGCUGCUUACAAGAACACCAGACAUAGCCCAAAGAGCCAAAAAGGUAAGAAGAGUUCCUGGGUCAAGCGGUCACCUUCAUAAAACCGAAGACGGUGACUGGGAGUGGAGUGACGACGAGAUGGAUGAAAAAAGUGAAGAAGGGAAAGCAGCUUUUUCUCAAGAAAAGUCGCGAAGAGUAAAAGAAGAAAAUCCAGAGAUUGCGGUGAAUGCCAGCAGUAUAACAGAACAAAUACAGUCCCUUUCUGUGCAGGACUCUCAGGGCCUACCCAAUGCUAGUGAAGACUAUAGAGAAGCUUCUUGUGCUGUGAACCUCGUUUUAAGAUUAAGAAACUCCAGAAAGGAACUUAAUGACAUACGAUUUGAGUUUACUCCAGGAAGAGACACAGCAGAUGGCGUUUCUCAGGAGCUCUUCUCUGCUGGCUUGGUUGAUGGUCAUGAUGUAGUUAUAGUGGCUGCUAAUUUACAGAAGAUUGUAGAUGACCCCAAAGCUUUAAAAACAUUGACAUUUAAAUUGGCUUCUGGCUGUGAUGGAUCGGAGAUUCCCGAUGAAGUGAAGCUGAUCGGGUUUGCUCAGUUGAGUGUCAGCUGAUGUAUGUCCCUUGACCUCGCCCUGAUCUGUCAUGCCUCCCUCACUGCACUCCCCUCAACCUUGCCCUCUCCACUUCCUCCCACCCCCUCACUCCCAGUUCCCAGCAAAAUCAGAAGAUUGUGAAGAGGCCAGCUUUGACGAAAUGGGAUAAAAAAGAAUUUUUUUAAACUUACAACACUCCGAGUUCUGCUUUAUUCUCUAGCAAUCCACAGUAUGAGAACAAACAAAUGCCACAGCUGCACGACUGUUGCUAAUUUUUCCCAAAGCUAUUUAAUAUUCCUAGCAAUCAAUUCGGAUAUCCCUUAAGUGAAAAGAAUCUGAAAUAACACUCAGGUGGUCCUAUUUAUUGGCAACAAAAGGAAUUUUUUCUGUCGGAAGCCUAUUUCUUCUUUCCUUGUUCUUUCUGUUAUAAUUCUUUAAUUGUACAUCUGACAAUACUGCCUCUUAUGUUGUAUUUAGAAAUUAAUAUACUUAUAAAAUUAAGAUUUAUUAGCCAAACUUGAAUUCUAGUUUUAAAACUGUGAAUUUUAUUUUUCAUAUAUUUAUGCAUUACACACCUUAGCUAUAAGGAAAAAAACGUUUUUGAUUAUAUGCUUCUUGUAGUUAAUCUCUUGUUAUUUAAACGAAAAGUUUCAGGUCUAUCUUUGGAGUAUUUAUAACUUCUGAUUUUUGAAAUGACUGAAUUAGGAACUAGGAUGCUUAUUCUUUGGGUUUGUUUGCCUAAAAACCAAUCCACAAUCUGAUUGUUUCUUGGGGAGGGAGGUGCCUUGCAAACUUUCAUAUUAAGAAUGUGCCUGAGGCUGCUUUACUCUGGAAUGGUCUCAGAUCUGAAAUCUCCUCUACAUAAAGUGGCAUAUGUUAAGUUUUGCUUCAUUGGAACAUUUAGAAUGCUCUAUAAAAUGUUGCCAUUCUUUAGAUUGCUAAUUAUGUACCCAUCUCUGAUUUGACUUCUCCUUACGUGAUAGAAUUUGUUGUUCCAAAGGUGAUAAACUUGAAAAUACCAGAAUCUGAGUUUUACUUGAAAUUCUGCAGAAUACCCAGAUGGAGUGGAAAAUAAUAGAAAGGGUUUUGUGCAAUGACUAAAAAGGUAAAAUGCUGUUAAGUUUCAAGAAUAAAUACUUUCAACCCAAGUAGCCCUUUGCUUGACUAUAUAUUAUGGAAUAAUAAACCUUAGGAUUUUCAAAAUUGGAGUCUAAACUUUCAGGGAGGUGGUGGGCUCCCGGGAUGGUACCAUUUGCUCUUUCCUAGCUAACCCUAGAUAUGGCAGCUCUUUAAUGUACUUUAAAAAGCAAAUAUAUAUUACUAAGGAAAAAAAGUUAUUUAUAAUUGCCUUGUCAUAAUUGUUAAGGUGUUCUAGAGCCAUUUGCAUACAAUUUAAUGUAAUUUCAUUCCAUUCUAUUGUUUACACAACGAUUACUCAAAGAUGACUGCAAAGGUAAAAGGAAAAUAAAAGUGUAUUGCACAAAGA